AUGCUGAAGCAGCUCCAGGUCCUGCUGUCAGCCUUCCUUGUCCUGUCCUGUGGCUUCUUCUACCUGCUGAGCCUGAAAUCCACCAGCCUGCCUACCAUCAAGUCCCAGAAGGGGCUGGAAGCCCUCCUGGGUCAGGACCACGGCAUCAUCGUGUUCGUGGAGACCUCGGGGAGGAUGGAGCCGACCCCACUGGCCACCUGUGCGGUGGAGUCAGCAGCCAGGAUUUAUCCUGAGCGCUUGGUGGUGUUCUUUAUGAAGACCAUCAACGGUUCUACAGAGCUGCCCCCAAAUAUCACCCAUCCUGCCUUUUCCCUCCUCUCAGCGAUAGACAAUGUGUUCCUCCUCCCUCUGGAUAUGAAAAGGCUGUUUGAAGACACCCCGCUGUUUUUGUGGUAUACUCAAAUCGACGCCAGAGCCCAGAAGUAUUGGCUUCACGUCAGCUCCGAUGCGUGCCGCCUGGCCCUCAUCUGGAAAUACGGUGGCAUCUACAUGGACACAGAUGUCAUCUCCAUCAAGCCCAUCCCUGAGGAGAAUUUUCUGGCUGCACAGGGCUCCCAAGAGUCUAGUAAUGGGGUGUUUGGGUUUAUUCCUCAUCACCCCUUCCUGUGGGCGUGUAUGGAAAACUUUGUUGAACAUUACAAUUCAGAUAUUUGGGGCAACCAGGGUCCCCAUCUGAUGACAAGGAUGUUGAAGUUGUGGUGUAGACUCAGAGACUUCCACGAGGUGAGUGACCUCAGCUGUCUGAACAUAUCCUUCCUCCAUCCCCAGAGGUUUUACCCCAUUUCUUAUCCACAAUGGAGACGCUACUAUGACGUCUGGGACAGAGAGCCAAGCUUCAAUCACUCCUAUGCCCUGCAUUUGUGGAACUACAUGAACCAGGAGAAGAGGCCUGUGGUGAGAGGAAGCAACACGCUAGUGGAGAAUCUCUUCCGCAAGUACUGUCCGAAAACUUACAGGGACCUGAUUCCAGGCCCCAGUGACUCAGUGAAUGAAGUCCUGACUCCAGGAAACACAUAG